CCCCGAUGACAGAAGUGAAAGCUGGCAAAGUUAACACAAUUUUAGAGAUUUUGUUCGACGGACGAAAUGGACAGUCGUUGUUGGACUUAAAACACUGAUAUUUUGGAAUAACCUAUUUUGUGGUCAAGAGAGACUCUCCCACUGCUGCUGGGAUGAGUGACUCUCAGGAGAGAGAGGAGGCUGCAGGUCCCAGUGAGACACUCAGACCAGAGUCUGCAGCACAUGGCUUUAGGACCAUGAAGAAUGAUGAAGACAUGGCUGAUCCUGGGUCACCAACACACUCUGGUGGAGGUGAGUUGACGGCUGAUCAGUUGAUGGGUGGAGUGCAUCAACAGGUACUGAGUGACACCAUCACCUGUGAACACAACAUCAACAAGAGCACAGAUAAGGAAGUUCUGAGGAGAGUUAAAGAGAAACAUAAAGCCAGUCUGAAGAGGAGGUUUGAGAACAUAUCUGAGGGCAUCAUCAAACCAGGAGCUGAGAUACUCCUCAAUAAGAUCUACACAGAGCUCUACAUCACAGAAGGAGAGAGUGAAGGGGUGAAUAAGGAGCAUGAGGUCUGGCAGGUAGAGUCAGCAUCUAGACUACAAACCACAGAAGACAAACCAAUCAGCUGCAAUGAUAUCUUCACGCCCUUACCUGAACAGGAGAGGCACAUCAGAACUGUGAUAACCAAAGGUAUUGCUGGCAUUGGAAAAACGGUCUCUGUGCAGAAAUUCAUUCUUGAUUGGACAGAGGGGAUAGCCAAUCACGAUGUAGACUUUAUGUUUCCCCUUCCUUUCCGUGAGCUGAAUUUAAUCAGGAGUGAUGAGUAUAGCCUUCACAAGCUCCUGAUUGACUUCCACCCUGAGUUGAAGGAGCUAAAGGAUGGUGAAGAAUACAAUGACUGUAAUAUUGUGUUCAUCUUUGAUGGUUUGGAUGAGAGUCGGUUACCUCUGAAUUUCCAACAGAGCAUGAGAUUGUCUCAUUUAAAACAAGCAGCAUCAGUGAAUAUUCUGAUGACAAGCCUCAUUCAGGGAACUCUUUUCCCUUCUGCACAUAUCUGGAUAACCUCACGACCAGCAGCAGCUGGACAAAUUCCUGCUCAGUAUAUCAACCAAGUUACAGAAAUACGAGGAUUCACUCACCCACAGAAGGAAGAGUACUUCAAGAAGAGAAUCAGUAAUGAGAGUCAGGCCAACAGAGUCAUCUCACACAUUAAGGCAUCCAGGAGUCUCCACAUCAUGUGUCACAUUCCUGUCUUCUGUUGGAUUGCAGCCACUGUACUUCAGCAGAUGCUGGAACAGGACACCGCCCAGAAAAUCCCUAAAACUCUGACUGAGAUGUUUGUACACUUCUUGCUUAUUCAGACCAAAAAGAAGGAUCAGAAAUAUCAAGGCAGAUAUGCAAGAGAUAUGAAGAGGCUCUUGCAAUCACAGAAAGAAGUCAUACUGAAACUGUCAGAACUGGCUUUCAAGAAUCUGGAGAAUGGCAACCUCAUGUUUUAUGAGGAAGACCUGCAGAAGUGUGGCAUUGAUGUCAGUGAAGCCUCAGUGUACUCUGGCAUGUGCACUGAGAUCUUCAAGGAAGAAUCUGUGUUUCAGCAGAGGAAAGUCUACUGCUUUGUGCAUCUGAGCAUCCAGGAGUUCCUGGCUGCUGUGUUUGUGUUUCACUCUUACGUGAAUGAGAACUUUGAGGCACUACAAUCCCUCCUCAGUGAAAAACCUACCAGCCCCUUCAGAUUUUCAUAUUUUCGAUCAGUGCUGGGCUCUCAAUCACAAGAUAAUCUCUGUAGGUUACUUAAGAGUGCAGUGGAUGAGGCUUUGAAGAGCAGGAAUGGACAUCUGGAUCUUUUCCUUCGCUUCCUUGUGGGCGUCUCCAUGGAAAGAAAUCAGAGGCUUCUGAAAGGACUCUUAAAUUGUACAUACAGGAGCUCAAAGAGCAUUAAGAAAACAUGUCAGUAUAUUAAGGAGCUCAACAGUGAAGGUCUCUCUCCUGAAAGAUGCAUCAAUCUUUUCCAUUGCUUGUUUGAAAUGAAUGAUCAUUCCAUGCACCAAGAGAUAAAAAAAUAUCUGGAGUCACCAAAGGAUUUCAAAGGCCAGUUGUCUCCAGCUCAUUGUUCAGCACUGGCCCACAUGCUUCUGAUGUCUGAGGAGGUGCUGGAUGAGUUUGACCUGAAGAAAUACAACACCUCAGAUGAGGGCCGCAGGAGACUGAUCCCAGCUUUGAGAUGCUUCAGAAUCGGACGACUCGCUGACUGCAAACUCACAGAAAAGUCCUGCGAGCAUGUGGCCUCAGUUCUGCAGUCACCAAACUCCCUGAUAGAGCUGGACCUGAUGGAUAAUGAUCUGACAGAUUCUGGAGUUCAGCUUCUGUCUAAAGGACUAUCUAGUCCCCACUGCAAACUGCAGAUGUUAAGACUUGCUGGCUGCAAACUCACCGAUAAGUCGUGUGAGCUUGUGGCCUCAGUUCUGCAGUCUCCAAACUCCCUGAUAGAGCUGGACCUGACGGAUAAUGAUCUGACAGAUUCUGGAGUUCAGCUUCUGUCUAAAGGACUAUCUAGUCCCCAUUGCAAACUGCAGAUGUUAAGACUUGCUGGCUGCAAACUCACCGAUAAGUCAUGUGAGCUUGUGGCCUCAGUUCUGCAGUCUCCAAACUCCCUGAUAGAGCUGGACCUGAGUGACAAUGACCUGGGAGAUUCUGGAGUUCAGCUUCUUUCUAAAGGACUGUCUAGUCCCCACUGCAAACUGCAGACAUUAAGACUUACUGGUUGUAAACUUACAGAUAAGUCCUGUGAGCUUGUGGCCUCAGUUCUACAGUCACCAAACUCCCUGUUAGAGCUGGACCUAAAGAACAACAACUUGGGAGAUUCUGGAGUUCAGCUUCUUUCUAAAGGACUGUCUAGUCCCCAGUGCAGACUGCAUACAUUAAGCCUGCAGAAGUGCAGCAUUGGAGAGGAAGGCUUCACAGCUCUUGCAUCAGCACUGAGAUCAAACCCCUCACACAUGAGAAAGCUGUGGCUGGAGGGGAGUAAAGCAACAGACUCAGGAGUGAAGUAUCUUUCUUCUCUUCUGGAGGAUCCCAACUGUAAA